GUUGACAGGUGGGCAGAAUUGAGGGUACGGUGUGGACAUCGACCGUGGUCGAUGACAUUGCUGCCAAUCCAUGGUGGAGAAUGAGAUGAGGCAUACACAGCAAAACAACAGAAUACAAUCAUGUGGUGUCGGGGACGAUUUUAAUCUCGCAACUGAGUUCUUACUCGGUUAGUCGCUAAAAAGUUGGGAAUUUUCGACAGGGGUUUUCAGCAAAUAUUUACUGUGGAUUGAACAAGACGUGACAGGAAAACACCAGUAAUACCAACUACAGAUAAUUUGAUGUCUGGAAUAAUGAUUCUCUCGCAACAGUUCUUAAUAGGAUCUUCUCUAAAAGACCUGUUAUUUUCCGCGAAGAUACGUAGACAAAGGAUCUCAACUGAACAUUGCAAAUUUUGCAAGAGAUGCAAAGAAAAAGAAGAAGAAAGUUUCAGGUGAACCGUCAGCCGAUGUCCCAGGAUUAUAGUCCAUGGAAGUUCCUUGAUUGCUCUCUCCAAAGUCCAAGACACAUGAGCGUUUUUUUUAUUCGGCUAACAAAGACCUGAGGAACUGCUCAGCCCAGAGUGAGGCUAUCAGCGCAGCGCAACUGAACUAGAUCUAUCGAUCUCACAGCAUCUAUUUCAAUUGGUUUAUUUACAUUAGCGGAACAAGAGAUAUGAGAUUCCGUUGGAUUCGAUUGCAGUUAAUCAUUGAAUGAUGUCACCUAGAUUAAAUUCAACAGUUGUUCCUUGGUCACAUCCAAAACAUAAACAUGUCUUAUCGAGUCUUUGAGAGCGCUGAUAUCGCUAAAGACUACGCCCUCUAUCGUCCGUCUAUUCCUGAUGAUGUCACUGACGCUAUCAUUGACAAACUUCAAUUCAAGAAAUCAGAUUAUGAUUCCUUAGCGGUCGACAUCGCCUGUGGGUCAGGCCAGUUUACGCAGAGCAUUGCCCGACAUUUCGACCGCAUCAUCGGGUUUGAUAUCAGCAAAGCCCAGAUCGAUGAAGCAAAUAGUCAGAACCAGAGAGGAAACGUGGAAUAUAGAAUUUCAUCAGCUGAAAGGAUUCCACUGGAAUCCAACACGGUAGAUCUUGUAACCGUUUCUCAAGCUGCUCAUUGGUUGGACUUCCCUGCCUUCUGCGAUGAAGCUGACCGUGUUCUACGACCAGGGGGAUACAUCGUGGUCGUAUCUUCGAUACGGAAGACGUUGCACCAUAAUGAUCCCAUCUUGGAGGCUAAGAUCAACGAUUGCAAUGAUAGACACAUGAGUGUUCUGAAUGCAUAUCGGCUGAUCAGUCUAGAUGAGCUUCACACAUUCUAUGGAAAGCUCAAAUAUCCUUACCCUGAAAUAAUAAGGGAUACAAUAGGAGAAAACGUCCAAAUGUCGCCUGCUGAUUACCUUAAUCUAACCAAGACGAUGAGUUACUCGCUCAAAUAUAGAGAAAGUUAUCCGUGUGACACAUUUUUCCAAGAAUUUGAGAAAAGCCUGGUUGAGAUCUUGAAAAGUGAAGGAGAAAAUGAUGGCCGAUUCCGUCUUACUUUCUGGUAUGAUAUAUUCAUUGGUCAAAAAGGAUUACAAGUAUAAUCUUAGAAGAAAGGUUUAUCCUGACAUCAGUAUUGGUUAAGAUUAUUAUUUUUGGUUAGGCUAAAUAUACCUGAAAUAUAUAUUAUUCAACGGAAAGGAUGAAACCAAUAUGUGUGAUUCUAAAUAAAGGAGCGUCGUUAUUAUCCGUAAAAUGUCUUUGUAGCUUUUGUCACGAUGCUUGGCUUUUACAGAUUAGGUCCUAUAAAUUUAAAGAUAUCCCUAGAGGCUACAAUUUGGCUAAAAAUCGCCAUGGGACUUGGUCUAGUCAUGUUUAAUGUUAGAUGGUUAUCUAUGUCGCUGUAGGUUUCUCCUACCAUUCCCUGUAUUUCAUAUAAUCAUGUUGAUAAUCAGUGCAGUGCAGAAUGAGCCGUAGAUUGUGAUACAAAUUGUAAUUGUAAUUGAUGAAUCCAUGUAGAAAUGAGAUGAAAGUGAACGAGGAUAAUGAGCUGAAUUAAUGCUUGUUAGACUCUAUAGUCACACCAACGAAACCAACCAUGGUAACUAAUUUUGUUGAUCAGGGGGUGUUUCAUAAGCCUGAUAGUUUAAGUUACGAGCGACUUAAAGAACAAUUACUGGCGAACCUUUCUUUGGAACUAAAUAAUCACCAAUGAUCAUUAAUGGGGAAAUUCAUCAGGGGCGGAAAUCUCUCCCAAAGGUAGGGGGGACAAGGGGCUGGAAAAUUUGACAAGCAAAAAAAAAAAAAAAAAGUUAUCACCAAAAAUUUCAAGUCAUUUCGACGAAAUAAAUUUGACAAGCCAAAAAAAAGGUUAUUCCAAAGUAAGGUCAUCUCGUCCUAAAAUACAGGUUUUAUUUCGAUUUUGAAUGAUGAAUUCCUUACCAUCAUAAAAGACCAGAAAUAGUAGGGGGCCAUUUGAUAUUGUGUCCCCCUACUAUUUUGAGUUGUCACUCUGGGAUUUCCGCCCAUGAAUAUCAUUUACCACAAGAAAUGAUCACUCGUUCUUAAAGUCACUCUUAACUUACGAACAGCUUUAUGAAACGGUCCCGGCAGGGGUUUCACCGAUGUGACGCAAAAUGAUGUUGUUGUUUUUAUGCUGAUGCAAUUUUGAAGUAGGGAUAAAUUAAACAGGCAGGAGAUAUCUAGCAGCAAAAUGGCUUGAUACAACAUGUAUUAUCUUCAUUUUAAUGCACUUAAUUCUAAUAUUAGAUGAUAGGAGCAAUUACCAAACAUCGUUCAUGUACUCAGAUUGUUGACAAUGUACUCAAUGUCUAUCAAAUUUGCCUAUAGUAAGUGGAUGGCAGUCUGAAUUACCCCCCCCAUUUUCACCGAACAAGAGCAAUUAGCUUUACACUUUAUCAAAGAACGUCUUGGUUAACGAUAAUGUGAGAAGAAAGUUUAAGUUAUACUUACCGAUGGGCCUAAUGGAAGAACAAUACUGCCGUAUGAACAAAACUGAAUAUUGACUAUUCAUUCGAUAUAUAUGAUUUUGUUAUUUCUAUACGAAAAAUUCAAAACCAAUACUCCAAUAAGUUGUCAAAUUUAUAUCUAGUCAUUGUAUAGGUUCUUAUGGAAGAAAAUCAGUAUAACUUAUCAUGAAUAUAUUUUAUUUCAACGAGCGAUAUGUGUAAUCAUCAUUCAAACUUACAGACAAUUCCAUUUCUUGCUGAAUAGGUUAAGAAAUCUUAGCAAUUUAAAUAAAGUGCCAAUACAUAAGCUGUAUAGUUUACUGUACAUUAAAUCAUACAUGUGAUUCAGUUUGUGAUUAAAGUGAGUACAAAAUUAGUUCUUGUUAAGUUCUAUAUUUGCAGAUGAAUCCUGUCAAAUUCUCUUAAAGGCUGAUUUUAGUUUAGUUAAUCUAGUGUAUAUAUAUCGGGACUGCAUUGACAUCACAUUUUUACUGUGCUCUUUCGCAGUUUCCUUUCAUGUUCAUUUUUAUGCAUGUACUGUGAAUAUCUUUGGUACAAUUUUAGCAUGUUUAUCUUAUCUUGUAUCUCUGCCUCUCUUUACUCUUUUUUAAAAAUAUGUUUGAUGUAUUUCAAUGGACCUGAAUAAAUCAAUAAAUGAAAUGAAAUGAAAUCUUUGUUU